AUGGCAGUGCAAGAAGAUGAUGAAGAUUUAGAUGAGAGUAUUGAUGAAUGGAAAUUUAGUUUAAUUGGGAGAUUGGAUUUUGUUAAGUUGAAAUUUACAACUGCUGAAGAAGAAUUAAGAAAACAGUGGAUAAUUAAAGGAAAAUUUAAAUUAAUCCCUCUUGGUAAAGGUUUUUUUGUUAUUAAGCUUGAAAAUGAAAUUGAUAUGAAGUAUAUUUGGAAUGGGUAUUGGAUGGUGAACUCUCAGGUAUUUAAACUGAGAUUAUGGGAAUCUAAUUUUAAUCCUACAGCUCAAAAAUCUACUACAACUUUCGUUUGGGUUAAUUUUCUUGGUUUGGGUAUUGAGUACUGGAAGGAGAAAAUGCUAAUUUCUAUGGGAGAUGCAAUUGGCAGAGCAAUUAAAGUUGGGGAUACUACUCUGAAAAGAGAAGUGGGUUACUACGCCAGUGUUUUAGUGGAGGUUGAUUUAGAAAUAAAUGUUCCUCAUCAAAUUGUAGUUAACUCCAAAUAUGGGAGUUUUGAACAAGAGGUCCAAAUACCUAAGUUACCUAAAUUUUGCAGUCAUUGUAAGGUUGUGGGUCACCUGGUUACUGAAUGUAGGGUGUUAAGGAAGGAAGAUGCACAAGAAGUUGAAGAAAAUGAUAAUAACUAUGUUAUUCCUUAA